UCAGCUCGCCUCGCGCCUCCUCCUCGCUUCUCUCCUCAGCACCAGACGGACUCCUCUCUCUUUUUCCCUCUGACUCUCUCUCUAUCUCUGUCGGAUAUUUUCUCCUCUGAUGCCGUCCAGCUCACCGAAUCCCCGGAUUUCUCUCUCUCUGGAGUAUGAGAGGCACUGAGAGUCAGAAGCAGCACCAUGAUGCCCGCCACCGGACCCGCAGCUUCAGCACAACUUUAACGCGUCACGUUCCCGACACACGGGAGGAUCCGUUUCAGGUCUCCACAGAAUGGAGCGAGAAUGAGCAGCGGACGGCCGACAGAGAAGCAUGAACUGCAGACUCAUUGUAGUCACUUAUCUCCUGUUUAUAUGGAAACAUAUAACAGUUCAGUCGUCCCGGCAGGAGCCGUCGGCCAAUGAGCAGCAUGUUAACAGGCAGUUCGACUGGCUCAUCUCGGACCGUGGCCCGUUCCAUCACUCCAAGGGCUACCUCUCCUUCAUGGAGAGAUUUCGGCAAGGAUUUACCACCCGAUAUAAAAUCUACAGGGAAUUUGCCCGCUGGAAGGUGAGGAAUACAGCCAUCGAGAGGCGGGAUCUGAUCCGGAAUCCUCUGCCUCUCAUGCCGGAGUUCCAGCGCAGCAUCAGGAUGUUGGGCCGUCGGCCGUCCACGCAGCAGUUUAUCGACACCAUCAUCAAAAAAUACGGCACGCACAUUCUGAUCUCGGCCACGCUAGGAGGCGAGGAAGCGCUCACCAUGUACAUGGCCAAGAACAAGCUGGACCGGAAGAUGGUCAACGCUACCCAAGGAGUCGAGGCUCUGCACCAACUCGCCUCUUCGUAUUUCAUCGACCGUGACGGCACCAUGCGCAAACUACACGAGAUCCAGAUCUCCAGCAACGCUAUCAAGGUGACAGAGACCCGGACCGGUCCUCUCGGCUGCAGCACGUAUGAUAAUCUGGACUCGGUCAGUUCGGUUCUGCUCCAGAGCCCUGAGAGUAAACUUCACCUGCAAGGUUUGCAGGUCAUUUUUCCAGAGUACCUGCAGGAGAAGUUUGUCCAGUCAGCUCUGAGCUACAUCAUGUGUAAUGGAGAGGGAGAAUACAUCUGCCAGAACAACCAGUGCAUCUGUAAGUGUGCUGAGGAGUUCCCACAAUGCAACUGUCCCACUACUGACCUGCAGAUCAUGGAGAAUACUCUUGUGGGCAUGGCUGAGACUUGGGAAGCCUCCUACAAUGACUUUGAGAACUCAGAUGAAUUUAAGUCUUUUCUGAAGCGUCUGCCCCCGACCCAUUUUCUGCCCGUGAGCAGCGUUCACCUGCUGUGGGGCAGCGACUGGGAUCUCCAGAACCGCUAUCGACUCCUACAGAGUUCACUGGAGGUCCAGAGACUGAAACUUCAGCGUACGGCUCGAAAACUCUUCGGCCUGAGCGUCCGGUGCCACCAUAACCCCAACCACCAGAUGCCCAGAGAGAGAUCGGUGCUGCAAUGGCUGAACAGAGUCCAGUCCUUCCUCUACUGCAACGAGAACGGCUUUUGGGGAACCUUCCUGGAAAGCCAACGUACCUGCGUGUGCCACACGGGGGCAACCCUGUGCCAGCGUCCGAUCCCGUGCGUGAUCGGCGGCAACAACAGCUGCGCCAUGUGCAGCCUGUCCAACAUCUCGCAGUGCGGCUCCUGCAACAAGGGCUACAAGCUGUACCGCGGGCGCUGCGAGCCGCAGAACGUAGACUCGGAGCGCAGCGAGCAGUUCGUCAGCUUCGAGACGGACCUGGACUUCCAGGACCUGGAGCUGAAGUACCUGCUGCAGAAGAUGGACUCGCGUCUGCACAUCCACACCACCUUCAUCAGCAACGAGGUGCGCCUGGAGACCUUCUUCGACCCGCGGUGGCGCAAGCGGAUGUCGCUGACGCUGAAGAGCAACAAGAACCGCAUGGACUACCUGCACAUGAUGGUGGGCCUGUCCAUGAAGAUCUGCCAAAUGCGCAACAGCAGCGUGGAUCCCAUGUUCUUCGUUUACGUCAACCCGUUCAGCGGGAGUCACUCGGAGGGCUGGAGCAUGCCGUUCGGCGAGCACGGCUACCCGCGCUGGGAGAAGGUGCGGCUCCAGAACUCGCAGUGCUUUAACUGGACCUUGUUGCUGGGCAACCGCUGGAAGACGUUCUUCGAAACGGUGCACAUCUACCUGCGGAGCCGCGCCAAGGUGCCCACCGUCAUGCGGAACGACACCGGCCAGGGCCCGGUGGACCUCUCCGACCCCAACAAGCGGCAGAUCUACAUCAAGAUCUCCGACAUCCAGGUGUUCGGCUACAGCUUGCGAUUCAAUGCCGAUUUGCUGAGGAGCGCCGUCCAGCAGGUCAAUCAGUCGUACGCUCAGGGGACGCAGUUCUACUCGUCCUCGUCCAUCAUGCUCCUGCUGUUGGACAUACGGGAGAGAAUUAACCGACUGGCCCCUCCGGUGGCGCCCGGGAAGCCCCAGCUGGACCUGUUCUCCUGUAUGCUGAAACAUCGGCUGAAGCUCAACAACAGCGAGAUGAUUCGAGUCAAUCACGCCUUGGACAUGUACAACACAGAAAUCUUAAAACAAUCGGACCAUCUGACCACCAAACUCUGCUAGUUAAAAAGAAAAUAAACUGCAGUUGAGAGACCUUUUUAUUUUCCUCUUUUCAUUUCGAACCUUUGCUUUUUUGAUGUAUUAUUAACAACUUUGUAAGUGUAAUUGUUCAACGGAAAUUUAAAGUAACGAGAGAUAUCAUUUUAGUUCACAAACGACGAUAAAUGGAACAAAAAAAUACUGUAUCAUAUUUGUCGAAGCAUGUCUGUCAUUUCCUAAAAGAAAAUUACGAGAAAAAGAUCAAAAACAAUUAAAUUCGACAUCCAGUGACACCGAGGCCUUGAUUUUCCUUGGAGGGAGCAGUGGUACAUUUUAAAACUGCCAAGAUGUGAAGGGCAGAACCAAAAUCUGUUAACAUCACACAAAGCGACGAUUUAUACGCUAAAAAAAAAUCAUCAGUAUUUGUGUCUUGUUUUCCCAAAACAAGAAAAUCUACCAAACAUUUGUUCAUUUAAUGAUUCUUAUAUUUCAGAUCAUUUCAGAGAGUCGUCUUACUUUUAAUAUAUAAGUUUUUAAAAUGCCAAUGGGCAGGAAAGUUUUUUAUGUACUAUAGAUGCUAUCUAUCCAUUGUUUCUAUAUAGUUUUCUUUUACGAAUGAAUCAUUGGAAAACAAGACAGAAGUAGUGAUUUAAAAAAAAAAUCAUCAUUAAUUGUACAGUCUUGUCCUUUCAUUCUUCCUCUCUUGUCCCUCUAAGAGUUGAUUUCAGUACAGACGUCAUUUUCUUCAGUCGGACGAUCCGCCGUUUGGACGUCCGGUCUUUCCGAUGCUAACGUUUGUUGCCGUCUGCAGGUGAACUGAGUUCAGUGUGUGGCUCCUGUCUGUUGUGUUUCGAGAGUAACAUCUUUGUUCUUCAGCGAGCUCAGUGUCUAUGGUUUAACAUCAUUCAUUCAUUCACUCAUUCAUGCUGUUUUGUAUAGCUGAGCAUAAUGUACAUGUUGUGAUGAAAUGCUGAUAUGUCGAGUUUCUGCAUUGGUUCAUCUCUUCGAGGGUUUGCAUAAAGCCAUACAUUUCUCAGAGGAAUGAAACACUGAAAAAAAAAACGAAAAACAGGAUGACACCGGGCACAUUUUGUGAGAAAUGUCCUACGAAUUGCUUUUGUAUUUUUGUUUUUCAAACCUUUUCUAAUGAAGUAUAGCACAGUGGUCUGAAAACAUCUAUAUACUGAACAUGUACUGCGGGAUUACGGCAUGACAAUGUAAAGCCAUCGCGUUCAUUAACAAGAGUGAAUCCACAACAACGGUGUAUUAAAAUUUCAAAUAUCUAUGAUGAUUUUAAUCUCAAGAUCUGCUUGUAUACCAAAUGUAGACUUUACUUUUCUAAGAUUUUAGUUGAGUUUUAUAUUCCUUGAUGCAAUUCAGGUUUAACUGUUAGACAUGUUAACUGAUCUAAAAUUUUAGCUGGGAUCUGGGGCUCAUAUAUAUUUAUUUUUAUGUUUUGUGCAAUGAACCUUCACUAGAGUUGUGUCCACAAUAGAGGGAAUGCUAUUAUUAUUAUUAUUAUUUAUUCACCAUUAUUAUUAUCCAAUCGUAUUAAGUGCCUGUUAGCUAACCCUUUAAUGCUUUUACGCCACAAAUUCCUUUUAUUUUAUUAUAAUUGUUUAAUUUGUUUCACAGUAACAGGACCAUCUGAAUUUAAACACACGACUCAUGGGAACAGGGCCAAAAGCAAAGCUUUUUUUGCAUGGAUUUAAAAUAUACUGUUGCGAGACGUAACCUGGUUAAUGAAUUGAGAGUUGACUAUGUAUUUUAUGUGUAAAUAACUGAUUUGUCUUGAUAUAGCCAUUGAAUCGAAAGCUUUUCUUAGAUUACUCCACACAUGAACGGCAGUACACAACAUCUCUCCCCCAGCAGCACAAAUGUGUAAAUACGGCAGAAGUUCAUUUUGUCACGUCAGGACAAACGUCACCAGCUGAUCUUCUUCAAAUUCAAUCUGUUAGUGAUGUUGGCGAGCGACGCACGCUUUCAGCUUCAUGCAUACUGCCUUCUGUACGCUUUUGUUUCACACAUCAUGUACGACACAAUCUGACCGGUCCUUCAGUGGGUUGACCAACUGCUUUCAGUACUUUCUGUAAUUUCUGCUGUUCUGUUGAAAUGACUAUAUCAGCUUUCUUCAAAUGAAUGUUUCAAAUAAUAAUCUAUUUCUCAUUAAAAUGCUAUAUUUAAUAAGAA